AGGAAAUGAAACAUAACUAGGGACUGGGAUGAAGUUGCACUUAAAAGUUCGAGACCGAAACUGAUACCACAGCCGUUUUGUUGCCGAGAGUGCCAUUGAAUGUUGUCGUGUUUUCGCUCUUUUUCUUGUCAACGAUAUUAAACUUCUACUGCACUCGCUCAUAUUUUAUUACGGAAGGUGGUAGAACAAGAUUCCAGUCAGACGAGGCCGCUCAACUUUCCUGAAGUUCUAGUUCGGACAGCGCUGGACAAGAGCUCCAGACAAUAAUCAUGGACCAUACACGGGAGAAACUGGAUCAGCUGGCCGCUGGCUACAUUUCAGACACCAUGAGCUGUAUUCACACGGUGCAGGAGUUCUGCGACAGACACUCAAAAUGGCUCCUACAGAGAGAGACAGAGCUGAAGAGGAUGCGAGACAUCACUGACAGAGCGGAGAAGAUCAACCUCACAACUGACCACUACAAAAAAUCAAAAAACAAGCCGAAGGCCGUCUGGGAGAUUAUGUGGAGCAAGAUGACCCAGGUAACAGAGAGCAGGGCCCAGGAGCUGGAGAAGGAGCUGGAAUGCCUGCUCCAAGACACCUUGAAGGGGCUUGAGAAGCUGACCCCGUUCCUGCAGGCUGUGGAGAUGCUGGCGGUCACGUCGCUCUCCUUCUUCGAGGAGGAGAAUCCGGUGUGCCAGCUCCCCGAGGGGGUGAGCGCUAAUGCUGUUUGUUCAGUCAUCACCGCCGCCAGGCGAGCCUGUCCGCUUUUGAUCCAUUUCAAGAGAGACGACGGCAAAUUCUUCAUGCCCAGCCUGGUGAACAUGGACCUGCUGGCUUUCCAGCUGGAUAAAUACUUGAGGGUUUCCCAGGAGUUGUGUGAGAAGCUCCAGAAGAGUUCAGGAAGUAUAUCAUUUCCUGGAAUGAAUUAUAGGAUUUUUCUCAUUCUUUUGAGGACAAAGAAAGCCCCAUGCCCAAAUUUGACCAACGAAGCCAUUCAGAACAUGUUUGACCAUUUGACUGACCUGACGAGCAUCAGAUUAGACCGGGACUUCAGGAUGACCUACCUGUUCAGGGGAUCAGCCCAGCGGUUCAUCGGCCUGUUCAGCCUGCGCCGCUCCAGGAUGCAGCAGUUCCUGGAUGCUCUGGAGGAAGAAGCUGUGCAGCUGGACAGGAUGACGAUGAGGUCCAGCAUCUCCAGCGUGGCGGGCAGCAGUGUGAGCCUUGCGGGAGGCAUUGUGUCCAUCGCGGGCCUGGCUCUGGCCCCUGCCACGGCGGGGGCAUCGCUGACCCUCACGAUGGUCGGCACGGGAUUGGGGGUCACCAGUGGCGUGAACAGCAUAAUUACAGGUAUCGCCGAAUUAAUGGUCAACACUCACCACGGGAAGAAGAUCAAUGAAAUCUUCCAGAACUUCUCUAAAGAUGUGGAGACUAUGCUGGAGUGUCUGGAGCAAGCGGCCAGGUGCAUUGUACCCAACACGGUGCCAGAUGGGCUGGAUGUUGCGACACGUGUUGUGAAGGCUGCCAAAACCGUACGUUCUGUGAGAAAAGGGAUAAAAACUAUUGUGGAUUGUAAUUCCACCAAAAAGGUGCUCAGAGCCAAAGAGUUGGCCUCAACAUCAAAAGCUGCCCGAAACGUCCCCAACAGGGCGGCCGAUCUCACCGAUAUCGGGCAGUUGGCUAAGGGCACUCCCCUCGCCCUAAGCAAGUCUGCCAGGGUGGGGUCCAUCGCCUUCAACUCCAUCUUCAUGGGCGUGGACCUGUUCUUCAUCUGCAAAGACAGCAUCAGCCUUGCCAAUGGGGACAAGAGCAAAGUGUCAAGGGUCAUCCGCGAGAAGGCCAGUCUGUGGAAGACCGAGCUGCAUGCAUGGGAGAAGAUCCAUCACUCUCUGUGCAUCGGGAUAUGGAGGUUCAGGAGGAGUAAGGAGGUCCUACGGAGGCCAUUUUACACCUAGCUGAAGAAUACUCUUGGCUGUAACAACUGCAAUGUUGUGAAACCUGUGGCCUCAUUUUCAUAACAAUGUUACGAUCAAAUUGUAUCUUAAAUAGUGGCUUAUGCAGAAAACCAUGAGUACGUAGUUAUUUCUGAAAUCCGACUUAGAGAUGAAUUCAUAAAUACAUCAAUGUAAAGUUUUUACUAGAGGCAAACAGGCCCAAAAUCGAAAUAUAUUCAAAACUAGGCUAAAAAAGAGUUAACACUAUCACUCUGAUUUACUCUUUUACUUUUUAUAUAUUAUUUUUAUUAUCUUAUUCUCAUUUUUAUUCUCAUUGUAUUAUAUAUACACUUAUUUUUAUUCUUAUUUUUUAUACACUUUUAUUUUCUUUAAUCUAUUCUUUUUGUUCUGUAUUUGUAUGCUCUCUGUAAAGCACUUUGAAUUGUCAUUGCUGUAUGAAAUAUGCUAUAUAAAUAAACUUGCCUUGCCUAUUAUUUUUUAUAUAUGCUCACUGAGCACUGUAACUACCAA